GGGAGAGGGAGGCGUCUGUCCGCACUAUCCCUGCAGAGGUGCGCCGAGGGCUGUGCGUCAUGUGUCCCGUGUGGACCGUGUCCUGCGGGAGCUUGAAAGCAGUGCUGUCAGAGGCAUCACCAUAGGCAUUUGGGACCCAACGAUGCCUAACAUGAUCCUACUCUUGAUCCCACUCAUGGUCCAGCAGCGAGACCAGCCAUAAAGAAAGAUGUGUGAUGCAGUAUGGCAGCCAGUUCCACUGUGGGAUAGCGCUACCUGUUGGAAAUGUUAGUGAGUUACUAGCACCAAAAAGUUUGUCCACAUGAAACUAAGAAGGAUCAGAGAGCUGAGUCAGACACUUUUGGGCCUUCUUCCCUCUGGCUGUGUUCUUCUGGCUGCUUCUGGAACUUUCCUUCACUCUCUGUCGUUUGUCUGGGCUACCCAUGGCCCGGAGAACCAGUUUCGGUCUGUGACUUGGCAAGUGAAGACAGAAAGGAGUGGAGUGUGAAGUAGCUCCGCUCUGGAGAAAGGAGACGCAGAGAGACGAGGCCAAGAUACGUGGAGGUGGAGGACAAGGAAGCUGGAGGGUUCCAUGAUGGAGGGUUUUCUCCUGAGGAGUGAGGCGGCCGCCUGCUGAGGAGAGGGAGUGAUUCCUGGGCCCUGGGACGUUUGAGGACAGCUGCCCCAUCCACAGAGGGGGAGACACAGCGACCCCCAGCUGGGCAGAAGAGCAGAAUGAGAGUCUUCCGUGCUAACCCUUCAGCUCUGCCUUGUCGCUCCUGAGUUCAGCCUUCAGAACUUGGCCUGGUGACAAGGAGUGGUUGGUGUGCUUCAUAGACACGCUGGAAGGUCGUCUCUAGGGCCCUUCGAAGGCCUCUAGAAACCUUUCCCAAAACUUCUGCUGGCUGCCGGGGCGGCAUGAGGGGGUUGGUCUGAGGAAGCACUGAGAGCGGCAGCCCUACUGCAGAUGCCUGCCUAGGACCUGCUGGGACAAAGCUGGGACCAAGGCUGUGUCAAGAUGGCGUCCGUGUUUCGCAGUGAGGAGAUGUGUUUGUCCCAGCUGUUUCUCCAGGUGGAGGCUGCCUAUUGCUGUGUGGCUGAGCUUGGGGAGCUCGGAUUGGUUCAGUUCAAAGAUUUGAAUGUGAAUGUGAACAGCUUCCAAAGGAAAUUUGUGAAUGAAGUGAGGAGGUGUGAGUCCCUGGAGAGAAUCCUCCGUUUUCUGGAAGAUGAGAUGCAAAAUGAGAUUGUGCCUCAAUUGCCUGAGAGGCCUCCACCGACCCCUCUUCCUCGGGAAAUGAUUACGCUGGAGACUCUUCUAGAAAAACUAGAAGGAGAAUUACAGGAAGCCAACCAGAACCAGCAGGCUUUGAAGAAAAGCUUCCUAGAACUGACUGAACUCAAACAUCUCCUGAAGAAAACCCAAGACUUCUUUGAGACGGAAACCAACCUCGCUGAUGAUUUCUUUACGGAAGACACUUCGGGUCUCCUGGAGUUAAGAGUGACGCCUGCCUACGUGUCAGGAAAGCUGGGGUUCACGGCUGGGGUGAUCAACAGGGAGCGGAUGGCUUCCUUUGAGAGGCUGCUGUGGCGAGUGUGCCGAGGGAACAUCUACCUGAAGUUCAGUGAGAUGGACACGACUCUGGAGGACCCCGUCACGAAAGAAGAAAUUAAAAAGAACAUAUUCAUCAUAUUUUAUCAAGGAGAGCAACUCAGGCAAAAGAUCAAGAAGAUCUGUGAAGGGUUUCGAGCCACCAUCUACCCCUGCCCAGAGCCCGCCGCAGAGCGCAGAGAGAUGCUGGCCGGCGUCAACGUGAAGCUGGAGGAUUUAAUCACUGUCAUCACACAAACAGAGUCUCACCGCCAGCGCCUCCUGCAAGAAGCAGCUGCCAACUGGCACUCCUGGGCCAUCAAAGUGCAGAAGAUGAAGGCCAUUUACCACAUCCUGAACAUGUGCAACAUUGACGUCACCCAGCAGUGCGCCAUCGCCGAGAUCUGGUUCCCGGUGGCAGACACUGGGCGCAUCAAGAGGGCGUUGGAGCAAGGCAUGGAACUAAGCGGCUCCUCCAUGGUCCCCAUCCUCACCGCAGUGCAAUCUAAAACAGCUCCUCCCACAUUUAACAGGACCAAUAAAUUCACGGCCGGCUUCCAGAAUAUCGUAGAUGCAUAUGGUGUGGGCAGUUACCGGGAAAUAAACCCAGCUCCCUAUACCAUCAUCACUUUCCCCUUCCUGUUUGCCGUGAUGUUUGGAGACUGUGGUCAUGGGAUCGUGAUGCUACUGGCAGCCCUUUGGAUGGUCCUGAAUGAGAGACACUUGCUCUCCCAGAAGACGAACAACGAGAUCUGGAACACCUUCUUCCAUGGACGCUAUCUGAUUCUCCUCAUGGGUAUCUUCUCCAUCUACACGGGCUUGAUUUACAAUGACUGCUUCUCCAAGUCUCUCAACAUCUUUGGCUCUUCUUGGAGUGUCCGGCCCAUGUUCAGAAACGGCACGUGGAACACACACGUAAUGGAAACAAAUCCGUAUUUACAGCUGGACCCAGCCAUUCCGGGAGUGUACUCUGGAAAUCCAUACCCAUUUGGGAUUGAUCCGAUUUGGAACUUGGCUUCAAACAAACUAACAUUCUUGAACUCUUACAAAAUGAAGAUGUCAGUUAUCCUGGGAAUUGUCCAGAUGGUUUUUGGUGUCAUUCUCAGCCUUUUCAAUCACAUAUACUUCCGAAGAACUCUCAACAUCAUUCUGCAGUUCGUUCCUGAGAUGAUUUUUAUCCUGUGUCUGUUCGGAUACUUGGUUUUCAUGAUCAUCUUCAAGUGGUGCCACUAUGACGUCAGCACGUCCCAGCGCGCCCCCAGCAUCCUCAUCCACUUCAUCAACAUGUUUCUGUUUAACUACAAUGACCCUUCCAAUGCUCCCCUGUACAAACAUCAGCAAGAAGUCCAGAGUUUCUUUGUUAUUAUGGCUUUGAUUUCUGUCCCAUGGAUGCUCCUGAUUAAGCCGUUUAUUCUUAGAGCCAAUCAUCGAAAAUCGCUGUUGCAGGCCUCCAUGAUCCAAGAAGAAGCCACAGAGGACACUGAAGGUGACCACUCCAGUCCUUCUGUGAGUGCUGGCCAGAGGGCUUCUGCAGGUGCCCACGGGGGUCAGGAUGACCACGAAGAAGAGUUCAAUUUCGGAGACAUCUUUGUGCAUCAAGCCAUCCACACGAUCGAAUAUUGCCUGGGCUGCAUUUCAAACACAGCCUCGUACCUCCGGCUCUGGGCCCUCAGCCUGGCUCAUGCACAACUGUCUGAGGUGCUCUGGACCAUGGUGAUGAACAUUGGCCUUCGCCUGCGAGGCUGGGGAGGACUCAUUGGGGUCUUCAUCAUUUUUGCCGUAUUUGCCAUGCUGACGGUUGCCAUCCUUCUGAUCAUGGAGGGCCUCUCUGCAUUCUUGCACGCCCUGCGACUGCACUGGGUGGAGUUCCAGAACAAGUUCUACGUCGGGGCUGGUUACAAGUUUUCUCCUUUCUCCUUUAAAUGCAUCCUGGAUGGUUCCGCCGAGGAGUAGCUCCAGGUCCGCGGGCGGGCGGCCGUGGCCUCUGGCUUCAGUCUCUGCUGCUGGGAGAGAAGUUCAACUUGUCUUCGCUGUUGGCUUGGCCCAGCAGGCCAAUGGGAUGAUUGUUCUGGGCUCGCUGGAGGCGGGAAGCCAUGAUCAUUUUAUUUCCAAGCCUUGGGAUCUAAUAUGACUUCAUCAUGUCAUAGAGGAGCCGAUCUCAUGUUGGGUGGUAAUUGUCAAAUCCUAAAACGGGGAGGGCUCCACUGAUGUUUUCUUGCAAUUCUGUAAAUAUGAUUCAUAAGGAAAUAAACUGCUGGGCCAUUC